UUGACGGUUACUAAAACAACACCCGGCUCUACUAGCUCGAGAACGUUGAGCAGCCUUCGACAGUUUAUAAAAAUAUAACAAACCAGUGCCAAAACAAACAUUUGAAAAUCAAAUUUAAAUCUCUACCAACUUGUAAUACAUUGCAACUUAAGAAGCGAAAUGCACCCCUCACUUGUCGUAGCCUCUCUGUUGAUCUGUUUUGUGGCUUGCAGCUUAGCUGCCACCAUGCCUGACUAUAUCCAGGUUUGCCAUCGCAAUGAUCCCGAGCUAUCGAAGUGCCUGAAGAGAAGUGUUCACAAUUUGCGACCCUAUUUGGCCAAAGGCAUUAAGGAAUUGAAUGUCCCGCCACUAGAGCCCCUCUACAUUGGAGAUCUGAAUUUUUUGGAUGGCUCCGCUGGUCUUACGGUUAGAGCCAAGAAAAUGAACAUUCUAGGGGCCUCGAAUUUCGAAAUCACUAAGCUGCGUGCAUCGACCCAAAGUCGUCGUUUCGAUUUCGAGUUGAUUCUCCCUCAUCUUCAUGGAGAGGGGCUCUACGAGAUCAACGGCAACAUCCUGGCACUUCCCAUCAAGGGUAGUGGACCAUUCACGGGAAACUUCACCAACUUUGUGGCUUAUGUGCGGGUCCAAUAUGAUAUCAAGACCGUUAAUGAUCUGGAAUACCUGCAUGUCAAGGAGUUCGCCUUGAAGAUUCGCACUGGCAAGGGUAACCUGAAGCUGGAGAACCUCUUUAAUGGAGACAAGGUCCUGGGCGAUGUUAUUAAUGACACGAUCAAUCAAAAUUUCGAGGUCUUCACCAACGAUUUGAUCGCACCAAUUGCCCGCGCUCUGGAGGCCAAUUUCCUGGUCAUCACAUCCAAAAUACUGGAAAACUUCACCUACAGCGAGCUGUUCCCAGUCUAAUGGCGCACUGUACUUAAACUAGAAUUAAGCUUGUGAUACACUCGAAUUGUUUUAAUUAGUCCUAAAGAAUUCAAUAAAAAUAUCAAAUUUGAACAGA